AUGAGUGACAUUGAUAUCAUAAGAAGAAUUCUUGGUGCCCUCCCCAACGAGAAGCACUCCUCUUCCAAGAAAAAUGAUAUUGCAUUCAAGGCAACCAAAGAGAAGAAAGUGAUCAUCAAGAAAGAGUCAAGUGAUGAUGAAGAAAAUGAUGAUGAAGAUGAUAUUGCUCUACUUGUGAGAAGAAAUUUCAAGAUGCUCAAGAAGCUUGACAAAAGAGGAGUUAACUUUGACUCCAAGAAGAAAAAGUUCUAUACAUGUGGCAAGAAGAAGUCAAUCAAGUUUAUGCCUUGCUACAAUUGUGGUGAACUUGGUCAUCUUGCUCAUCAAUGUCCUCUCCCGGACAAGAGAAAGAAGAAGAACAAGAGAAAGAAUGAUGAGAGUGAUGAUGAUAAUGAGAAAGAUCACAAGAAGAAGCACUCUAACAAGAACAAGAAGCAUGACUAA